AUGUAUAUCCUCUCGUACUGGAAUGAGAAGAUGGCUUCGAAUUGCAAAGAGUCCAAGAUCAGGGCCUUCUGGUGUCCAGAUAGUCAACAACACAAUAUGUCCAUUUAUCCCAGGUAUAGCCACCCCGCCAAUGUUGCUAUGGUAGAGCUUGACCCAUCAUCUUUCUCAAAGCCUGUGCUGAAUGUCUUCGCAUCAACUCCUCAAUCCACGCAAGCCGAAGUGAGAGCGCGUCUGGUUCGGUUCCUUGAGGGCGCGACUGAAGCCCAUAAGGAGAAGUACUUCAUUCGCUUGUCGCAAGUGACGAACCAUUUGCCAAUGGAGACCGCGAACUUCUCCGACUUUUACUGCUCGCUCGAGCAUGCAAAAAAUUGCUCAAACAUCAUGGGCCUCGAGAUCAAUCCAAACUGGUACUACAUUCCGUCAGUCUACAACGGCCGCACCUCUAGUCUUAGAGUAUCGGGACAGCCUGUCCGCCGACCGUGGGGUGUUAUAUCGGAACCAGGUGCAUCCUCGCCGGCGACGUGGUCACGAAGUAAGAGGCUCGACUUCGAGCUCGAGAUGGGUGUGUUCUUGUCGAAGCCUCUACGGCCUGGUCAGAUCCUCGACAUACGCAACGCCAAAGAGCAUGUCUUUGGUUUUGUCAUUUUGAAUGACUGGUCGGCGAGGGACAUCCAAGGAUUUGAAAUGGCUCCUCUUGGUCCGUUUCAUAGCAAAGGAUUUGGAACCACGAUCUCACCAUGGAUCGUCACGCUCGAUGCACUGUCGCCCGUAGAGUGCCCCGUAUCUAUUCCGCAGAGCCCACCACCCUUAUCCCAUUUGGCCUGGAAAGGGGACCACUCACAUGCGACGUGGGAUAUUGAGCUGUCCGCGAGGAUAUUGAGAAAAGGGAAGACAUAUCACAUUACUUCCACGAACCUAAAAGAUCUAUAUUGGACGCCGUAUCAGCAACUCGCCCAUCUUGCGAGCGCGGGAGAAGGCCUCUCCACGGGAGAUAUAUUUGGCACAGGUACUAUCUCAAACGAUGGGCUCCGUGGCCUCGGUGGACCCGAUUCGAUGGAUGCAUGCAGCAAACGCAAGGGAUGGUACCUAAAUCAGUGUAUUUGUUCAUCACUGGGGUCGAAAAUGAUGGAUUUGAAAGAUCAAGAGGCAGGUGGGGACGCGCAACAGGAGACUAUCGAGGACACGAAGGUCGUGUUAGGUGCGACAGACGAGCGCAUUCUAUGGGAUGAAAAGGAAUCCCAGACUGUCGUGCGCAAGUUCGACAUGCGACUGCUAGCUCUUUUCACUGUCAUCAAUCUGUUCAGUUUCAUAGAUCGCGUUAAUAUCGGCAACGCGCGUUUACUGGGACUAGAAAAGGACCUGGGGUUAUUCGGACUACGCUUCAACAUUGCGCUGAUGUGUCUUUUCGUGUCGUAUUGCAUUGUGGAGUUACCUUCAAACAUUCUGUGCAAAAUCGUUGGGGGACAUAUCUAUAUCCCUACCCUUGUGCUUUGCUUUGGCAUCAUUACGAUGCUCACCUCGCUGGUGGAGCAGAAAGGCGGCCUGUACACAUGUCGCUUCCUCUUGGGGGGCUUGGUGUCCAUCAUUCUCGCGGUCAUCGCGUUCAUCUGCAUCCCAAGUGGCCCAGAAAGCGCGCGGUUCUUAACAGAAUCCCAAAAACGCGUCGCCGUGGAUAGGAUGCGCAUCGACUCUGCUGGAACAACUGAACAUUCGCAGACUAAGUUCCGCCAUGCUGCCGCCUGUGCGAUAUCCAUCGUGGUCGGCUACAUCUCUGACCGUUAUGAAAACCGGGGCUGGGUGAUCUUUGUUACCAUUCCGUUCGGAAUCGCUGGCAUGGGCCUGCUCGAGUUCCUCCCGGCUUCUAUGCCGGGUGCCAAGUACGGAGCCUUAUACCUUGCGGCGCCAGGCAUCUACAGCUUUCUGCCUCUCUGGCUGGCCUGGGCCGUUAAUAAUGCCGCGACACCGACCGUCAAAGCGGCAUCGUCGGGUCUAGUCUUCGCCGUCGGGUCGCUGGGCGGGAUUCUCGCACCGUGGGUCUAUUUACCAGGGGAUGCGCCGAGCUACCGCACGGGUCAUACCAUCAUGUUUUCUUUUUUAUUUGGAAGUUGGGCGAUUUGCAUUGGCUUGAUGGUAUAUAUCAAAUGGGAGAACCGCGUCAGAGAGAUGGGAAAGCGAGAUCGUGUGCUGGAAGGAUUGGGGCCUGAGGAGCAACUAGAGCUGAGUAGUCGACAUCCAGCAUUUCGCUAUGCUGUGUGA